CGGCCACCAUGCACGGCUCCUGCAGCCCGUGGGUGAUGCUGCCGCGGCCACUGCUCCUCCUGCUGCUGCUGACCGCCACUGGCCCCACCACAGCCCUCACGGAGGACGAGAAGCAAAGUAUGGUGGAGCUUCACAACCACUACCGUGCCCAGGUGUCCCCGCCAGCGUCAGAUAUGCUGCAGAUGAGGUGGGACGACGAGCUGGCCGCCUUUGCCAAGGCCUACGCUCAGAAGUGCGUGUGGGGCCACAACAAAGAGCGCGGGCGGCGCGGAGAGAACUUGUUUGCCAUCACGGACGAGGGCAUGGACGUGCCUCUGGCCGUGGGGAACUGGCACGAGGAGCAUGAAUAUUACAAUUUCAGCACGGCCACCUGCGAUCCGGGCCAGAUGUGCGGCCACUACACUCAGGUAGUGUGGAGCAAGACUGAGAGAAUUGGCUGUGGCUCCCACUUCUGCGAGACGCUCCAGGGCGUGGAAGAAGCUAACAUCCACUUGCUGGUGUGCAACUAUGAGCCCCCGGGGAAUGUGAAGGGCCGUAAGCCCUACCAGGAGGGGACUCCUUGCUCCCAGUGCCCUCUUGGCUACAGCUGCGAGAACUCUCUCUGUGAGCCCAUGAAAAACCCGGAAAAGGCGCAGGAUUCGCCUCCAAGGGUGACCGAGGUCCCUUCCACCCGCUCAACUGAAGCCCCAAGCUCCAGGGAAACCAGUACUCCAUCCCUAGCAACCUCUGGGACUCUACAUUUCUCCUCGGUAACGAAGGUCUCGGACUCCCUGGCAACCGAGUCCUCACCUGCGGUAGAAACAAAGGCACCAUCUUCCUUAGCAACCGAAGGCCCCUCCUCCAUGGCAACAGAGACUCAGGCUUUUCCCACUGAGGUCCCCUCGGUUUCUGCAACGCACUUGCAGCCCUCACUGGAUGAAGGGCCAGUUAACUUCCUCACAUCAACACAUAUCCCUGUUCCCAAAUCUAUGGAUGAAGAAGCCAGCAAGUCGAGUGCAACCUCCGUGAGCCCAAAGAAAUCGCUGUACCCCAAGAUGUCCGUGGCAGAGACAGGAGAGUCCCUAUCCCAAAUCCAGGAGGAGGCUGAGCCCAAGGACGAGCUGUCUGAGCCCGAGGCCGAGUUGCCAGAGCCCGAGUCCGAGUCACCCGAGGCCGAGGCCGAGUUGCCUGUUUCCAGUGAGGCUUUGGUCCCAGUUCUUCCAGCCCAGGAGCACGGUGGGCAGAAGGCCUCACUGGAACACGCUGGCCACCCUGCCUCCCCAUCCCUGUCCACCUUCCCUAGUGCCUCGGGUAAUGCCACAGGUGGGCGCACCCUGGCCCUACAGUCAUCCUGGACAGGUGCUGAGAACCCUGAAAAGGCCGGCUGGGAUUUGAAGAAUUCUGCUCACGCGUGGGGCCCUUUCCUGGGGACGCUGCUGCCUCCCCUGCUGAUGUCGGCUGGCAUGUUCUGAGGGAGACACCCGAAGGCCUGGGAGAAGAGGGCAGCUGCCCAACUGCUGUGUCCUGUCCUGUCGCUCACCACCGUCUGGCUAAAGCCCCUCUGGAAGGGAAAGGCUGAGGGGUUCAGCCCAUCAGUAACUGCACACCAGGGCCCUUCCUUGGCCCGUACAGUGGAGUUCUACAGAGGACAUGAUUCUGAGGAUCCUUGUCUGCUUCAUGGGGGAUAGGGGUGGGGUGGGCUG